UUUAAACUCCCAAAACCCUAGCAUUUUGUCGUCACUCUCUUUCCCUCACUUUACUCUCCCCCCCCCCAAAAAAAACAGUAUUAGGGUUUAAGACUAGAAGACUAAAAUCUAGGGUUUAGGGUUUUCAUUUUUCUGUUUGGUGUAAGUGAGAAGGGCAAAAAUGGUGGCUGACAAAGGAAAGAAGGCGAAACUAGAAGAGAAGGGAGUCGAAGAGAACUCUGAACAAAUUGAUGGCGCACUCGUCUUUUCCAUCGAGAAACUUCAAGAGAUCCAAGACGAGCUUGAGAAGAUCAAUGAGGAGGCUAGUGAGAAAGUGUUGGAAGUGGAGCAGAAAUACAAUGAGUUACGCAAGCCAGUCUAUGAUAAGCGGCAUGACAUAAUCAAAUCAAUUCCUGAUUUCUGGUUGACGGCUUUCUUGAGUCAUCCUGUUCUGGGUGAACUUUUGACCGAAGAGGAUCAGAAGAUAUUCAAGCAUAUUAACUCACUUGAAGUGGAGGAUUACAAAGAUCUGAAAUCUGGAUACUCUAUUACUUUUAACUUCAACCCCAAUCCUUAUUUUGAAGAUACAAAGCUUACAAAGACCUUUACCUUCCUUGAUGAAGGAAUUAAAAUUACUGCCACUCAAAUCAAGUGGAAAGAGGACAUGGGCUUGCCAAAUGGAGUUAAUCAUGAGAAGAAAGGAAACAAGCGACAAUUUGCUGAAGAAAGCUUCUUUUCCUGGUUUGCUGAUGCUCAGCAGAAAGAUGACAUGGAUGAAAUUCAUGAUGAGGUAGCUGAGAUUAUCAAGGAGGAUUUAUGGCCCAAUCCUCUUACUUAUUUCAACAAUGAGGCUGAUGAAGAGGACUCUGACGGUGAUGAAGAGGGAAAAGAUGAAGAUGAUCAAGAUGAUGAAGACGAAGACGAUAACUAAAAUCACAUCAGGCCUUACAUUAGUUAGUUGCUUGCCUUGCUUUAAGUAAGAACUUGUGUAAAGUUGUGUCGUAGUAGUUACUAAGGUUAUGGGGAGCAUAAUCAUCUUUUAGAUAGCUUUCUCUGCUUCACAAACAACUCUGAUUAGUGUGUCAGCAUAACUCUUAACUCAUUUCCUUUUUGUCCAUCUCUCUUUGACCUUUAUCUUUUUUAUGUUUGUUUGUUUUUUCUUGUUUCCUCCCCCUGUGGUAACAAUAUUGGAAUAUACCCCCCCCCCCCUUUUUAUCUAAA